AAACUUCCGGCAGAGAGACAGAGGAUUGGGGGGGAGUUACUCAUUUAUACGUACCCCUCCCGUUCGAUCACUGUCAUUCCAAGAAAGCUAGUCAAGAUGAUGAUGAUCGUUGACUGUUCCAGCUGCCGCACGCCCUUGCGCCUUCCGUCGGGAGCCAAGACCAUCCGGUGCGCCGUCUGCCACGCCAUCACCCGCGUGACCCCGCCGCCGCCGCCGCGACCGGCCAUCUCUCAUCACCAGUACGGCGGUGUCCCUCCGGCAGCUCCGCCGACAGUGCAGAAGAGCGGCCGGAAGAAGGCGCUGAUUAUUGGGAUUUGUUACCGGAACAGUGGGAAUGAGCUGAAGGGAUGCAUUAACGACGCCAAAUGCAUGAGACAUUUACUGCUCAAACGCUUCAACUUCCCCCCAGAAUCCAUUCUCAUGCUCACUGAAGAAGAGAAAGGUCCAUACAGGAUUCCCACAAAGCACAACAUUAGAAUGGCAAUCAAUUGGCUUGUCCAAGGUUGUCAGGCGGGUGAUUCGCUAGUGUUCCACUAUUCUGGUCAUGGCUCUCAACAAAGAAACUACUCCGGGGAUGAAGUUGAUGGAUAUGAUGAAACUCUUUGUCCCUUGGAUUUUGAGACGCAAGGAAUGAUUUUGGACGAUGAAAUCAAUGUGACACUGGUCAGGCCGCUUCCCUGCGGAGUUAAGCUUCAUGCAAUUAUAGAUGCUUGUCACAGUGGCACUAUGCUUGAUCUUCCCUUUCUUUGUAGGAUGGACAGAAAUGGGAAGUGUGGAUGGGAGGACCACCGCCCUAGAUCGGGGACAUGGAAAGGGACGAGCGGGGGAGAGGUUAUAUGCUUCAGUGGCUGUGAUGAUCACCAAACCUCUGCUGAUACUGAUGUGACCUCAACAGGGGCAAUGACCUUUUCUUUUAUCCAAGCAAUUGAACAUGCACAAGGGACAACAACAUAUGGGAGUAUCUUGAAGGAUAUGAGAACUUCCAUACGCAGUGCUAGUAGUUUUAUGACAACUCUUAUGUCAAUGCUUACAACAGGAGGGAUCAAUGGCAAAAGACAGGAGCCACAAUUAAGUGCAAAUGAACCGUUUGAUGUUUACAACAAACCCUUUUCACUGUAGCUGCUCAAACUCGUUUUGAUGUAUGAGGAUCCACUGGACACAUUUGUGUGCAAUCGCUACGGAAGCACAAAUUUAUAAAUGAAUUCUUAAUUAUUUCAUCCACUUGUUUCAAUUGAAGUGAAAUAUUGUAAUUCUGUAACCUCAUUAUGUUAUAUAUUCAAAGAAUUGUUCAUUUGUUAUAGGAAUUGGAAUAUCUGUUGCGUUAUUUUGAUAUAUAAACUGCCACAAAACGACAGUAGUUGUAUAAACCGCAAAUAUUCAAAACUGAGCUAGGUUCUACGGAGUAACUUAUAGUCCUUGGUUUACUA